CACCUCGCAGUUUCCUCCCCAAUUUGUUUGACGGCGACGUACUCUCCAACAGCUUCAUAAUUUAUUGCGUAAGCAUUUUUCAGAUAGUUGGUUAUUUAUGCCUACAAUUGGAAAGCUGUGACGUACAGCUGAUUCUGUUCACUGUCGGUACUUCGUUGGGUCCGAGACGAGCUCAAUUUCUUCAUCCGUCUCGGCGGUCACGCAUCAGGAGAUGAUUACAACAAUAACAUAGACUUCACUACACAAAUUUACUGUGCAAGUUUUUGAGAGGGAGUUUCAGUCUGAUUUGCUCGGAGAUACAAAUAUGGAGAAUAAAAGAAAGAUCACUCAAUACAGAGAGAAGCUAGACAAAGCACUGGCAUCCCCUGAACUGACAGAAGUGGAGAAACUUAAAACCCUACUCAAGAAUCAACUCGUACAUUUUUCAAACAAUGACAGUGAUGAAUGCAGUGAAAAUUUAUUACAAAGAAAGACUACAGAACUAUCCAGUUUUCUUGACACAAUGAGAAGUGCUUCUAUAAAUGAUAGUAAAAUGUCAAAAACGAGGGAGGCAACUCAUGGGGAAUGGAAACUAAAGCAGGACACUGAAGAGUUCCGAGUAAUGUAUCGAGAAGGAUCUGAGGGAACUCCCUUUCAUACUUUUCUUUUUGAAGGUUAUGUUGAUGCGCCUGUUGAUGCUUGUUUAUGCAUCUCUUGGGAAUCAGAACUAUACAGAAAAUGGUGGCCUCAAUUUAGUUUUCCAAGUUUCAAGAUUCUCACUUCCAAAUGCUUGAAAAAAGUUCGGAUUGGUGAACAACUAUCUUUGGUGAGGGUAAAGGUUUCUUGGCCACUGUCAGCUAGGGAGGCUAUUGUGCACUAUUUUUUGCUCGAGUACUUCCAACAUGACCUGAUUGUCAUUCUCCUCAAUACGAUUGCUGAUUUGGAGGGCAUUGACAAAAGCACCCAUGGUUUCACCAAUGAGGGGAUUCCUGAAGCAAAUGAUGUUGUAAGGAUCGAUUUGGUGGGGGGCUUUGUCAUACAGAAGGUGACUUCAGAGAGAAGCUACUUUAGGACUCUAGCAAAUAUCGAUAUGAAGCUGGACUUUGUCCCUCCGUCCCUCAUAAACUUUAUCACAAGGCAGCUCGUGGGCAGCGGCUUCAAACUUUACCAAAAGGCAUCAACCUCUGUGUCUGCAAAUGAUGAAGAUUAUGGCAAGGUUUUGGGGGAACCAAUGUAUGCUCGAAUUCGUGAAGCCCUUUACUCCAAAAACGAAUCAAAUGAGGAUCUGAAAGAAAAGAACAUUAAGGAUGAUCUCUGCAUCCCACCUAAAGAACAUAUUGAUUUGGGGCCUAUGAAAGAGAAGGUUCAGAAUGUACACCUUGUGGAAAAAUCUUCGUCAGAACAUGGAGAACUAAUGCACAAUAAUGCGUUUGGAGAGGCUGAAGAAAUCAGAUUAUUGGAUCACCUUGUGAGGGAUACUGUUGAAGAAUCUCAUAUUGGCUGUGAUGCAAAUGAGUGUUCGCUUAAUAACUCACAAUAUACUGACAGGAAAGCUUUUGGUGAGAUUGAGGAAGAAGUGAAUGAAAAUAGGAGAGACUUGGACAAAGACGGUGAGGAUGUAGUUCAACCCCCAAGCAAUGCAAUAUUGGAAAAGAAACGUGCAAAUGGUGAAAAGAACAUUACUAUCAGGCAUGAGGUAGUGCAAGCUUUAGGAACACUAGAGAAGGCCAUCUCUAUUGUUCGGGAACGCAGACUAAAUGGCCAAAGCAGGUCUCUUGGUAAUUUCGCCAAAGUUGAGGUUCCAUAUUUGGGAAAGGGUUCAGUAGAGGAGUUGACUACUUUUGAAGAUGGCGGCGUUUGCUCUAACAGUGAGACUGGCAUUGAAGUAGCCAAAAAGGAAACUCUAAAGCGUACUUCUCAUGAAUCCAAGAGUAGCUCCGGCAUUCAUGAAGUCAGGUCUUCGUUAUCAAAUUCUUUCUCUAGGGACCAUAACAGAAUAGUACCAGCAUCACCAGAGCAGGAGCUGUCAGUCCCUGAUGAGACCAGUGACAAGGCUCUGUAUUCCACCGGAGAUGGGCCAACAGUGAUAGCAGUUUUGGAUCAAUCUACACGGAACAAUAAGCAAACAACCACAGAUGCAAAUGGCGCCAAUGAAAGUGGUCUAGCCGGAGAGAGAUUGAGCCAGCUGAGAAAGAGGAUUUUAUGUUGCUUUCAGCCGGGGUAUGGAUCGAGGUCGCAAGCUGAGGGAAGAAGUUGGCCUGUUUAAUAUAUACCUAUGGUUCUCAAGCCACUUCUCACUUUCCAUAGUUUACCUCAGACUCAGAGGGUAUGGAUAUCUACAAAACAAACUUUUUACAUGACAGGCAAGAACACUUCUACAAAUGUAUACAUACGAAAAAUGUAUCUUCCUUUUUUCUUUUUCUUUUUUCUCCUUCGUGUGUACUUGUGUGUAGACUAUAUCCCACAUCGGAUAGAGAGAUAUAAUUGAAGUCUAGUAACUCUCACACAGACUUUGAAGAAUAAAUUUAUGCGAGUCCAUGGUUUAUAGCA